GCCAUGGAGCCUGGGCUUAUCCGGCGGUUCGCCCCGCGCUUGGGCAUAGCUGAGCCCGAUGUAUUGAGGAAAGCAGAAGAGUACUUAAGACUGACCCAUGUGAAGUGUACCGGCCUGUCUGCGCAUACCACGGAAACUAGCAAUGCAGUUAUGUGCUUGGAUCUUGCAGCUUCCAGUAUGAAGUGCCCCUUGGACAGGGCUUAUUUAAUUAAGCUUUCUGGUUUGAACAAGAAGAUGUACCAGAGCUGUCUUAAAUCUUUAGAGUGUUUACUGGGCCUGAAAUCCAAUAUCGGAAUAAGAGACCUAGCUGUACAGUUUAGCUGUACUGAAGCAGUGAACCUGGCUUCAAAGAUACUUCAAAGCUAUGAAACCAGUCUUCCUCAGGCACAGCAAGUAGAUCUUGACUUAUCCAGACCCCUUUUCACCAGUGCUGCACUACUUUCAGCAUGCAAGAUUCUAAAGCUAAAGGUGGAUAAGAAUAAAAUGGUAGCCACAUCUGGUGUAAAAAAAGCCAUUUUUGAUCGACUGUGUAAACAAUUAGAGAAGAUUGGACAGCAGACUGACAAAGAGCCAAGAGAUUUAACCACUCCACCACAGAAAAAAAGGAAAACCGUAGCUGAACCCACAGCAAAAGAGAUAGAGAAGAUAGUAGAGAUUCCACAUAAAUUGCGGAAAGACAACGAUCUGAUCCAGGAUUAUGAAGAGUGGAAAAAGAAAAUCUUGGAAAAUGCUGCCAAAGCACAAGGGGCUACAGCUGAGUGAUUUCAGCUCUGUCUGCCACCUACAGGAAGAUAUUUGUUUGAAUGUAGAACAGGAUCCGAAGCCAACAUUGGAGCUGUUUCAGGGAUCUUGCUGGCCUCUGACAUCAGCCACACUUCCUGGUUUUUAUAGACAUGGCUCACCACAGGAUUGUGCUUGCCCAUAAAAGAAAUUGGGUUUAUUUUAUUUUAAGCAAAUGUUUCUUUGAUGGGUCAGUGUAUAGUACAGCCUAAUUAAUAAACAUUAUUUUUAUAUGCAUCUGGAUCGCACCUGUUGU